AUGCAAACCCUUUCCUACGAUCAACCAAUAUUUUCCAUGUCUCCACUAUCUUUGUCUCAUCAUAUCGUUAAAAAUCAUCCAGAUGACACUUGUUGUCAAGAAAUAUUUGAAUUAUUUGAAAAAAAGUUUGGAUCUCAAUUUGUUCAGGAACAUUUGAAUAGGAGGACCAUCGACUUCUUCAACAAUCUUUCUAAUUCCCUACACACGAACAACAUGAAACAUCGAACAUCCCUCUCGAUACCACAUGACGAUAUGACACGUAACAUGUUCGAUUCAGAAAGUGAUGAGUGUGACGAAGAAGAGUUUUUGCAGGAAGAAUUUAUCAAACAAAUGAUCGGGAAAGCCAAUGACUUGCCCAAGAGUGGUGAUCCUUAUUUCGAUGAACAAGCUUACAAAAUUAUUGAGUGUGCGCUGUCGUUGACGGAGAAAGUAGAAAUGAAAGAACUCAUGUAUAGCAUGACUUAUCAUCACAAGAUCACUCUUGGAAAUAGAACAAGUUUGAAUGAAGAGUGUGAAAAUAAGAAGAGAAAAUUUUCAAUAAUAGAUCAUCUUGAAGACACCACGAAUGUUAUGGAAAUGAAGAAACGAAAGAUUCGUCAGCCCUUCAAGUCACGGAGAGAUAUGGUGAAUCCUAAGCUUCUUUUCCAGAGAGUAGUUAGAGGAAUUGCUAAAGACUAUAGAGCAGAUACAAAUUUUACUCCUGGAGCAUUAUCUUUGCUACAACAAGUUUCAGAAAACGCAGUUGUUGAGGUGUCAAAUCUCACAUAUGAAAUUGCUAAAUUCUUAAUGCUUAGUGACAACAUCGUUUCAGAAAAGCAUUUUCAUUGUGGUUAUAUUUUGCAUUUAGGUGGUAAACCAUUGUCGAACAUGAAACUUCAAUUCGAGGAUUUACAUGAUCAUUUCAGAGCUUUAAAUUUUAUUCGUGACAACAGCACACCAUCAUUGAAUGGAAUACUUUUCAGGAUGCAUGAAGAGCUGGUAUUUCUAUCUUUUUGUGAUGAAGAUUGUGAUUACUAUAUGGAAGAGGAAGAUGAGAAGGACAACUUGGAAGAAGAGUUCAAAUUUUGA